AUGGGUUCCAUUGCCGACAAGCUGCUACGAAUUGCCUCAGCCUCUGGCUCAGUUACCGACCGGCGCCACGCGCUGGCUGACCUAGCCGAAAAUGAGGACGUUGACUUUAUCGUUGGCGAUUGGCUUUCAGAGUACAACAUGACCACAAGAGGGGGAGGCAAGGUUGACGGUGCAGGUUCUACAGAUGAAUUUGAGCUUUCGUUUCUCGAGGCUCUGGAUCCCGCACUGCCUCAUUUGGCGUCAAGCAAGGCCAGACUUGUGGUCAAUGCUGGUGCCAGCGACACCAAGAAACUUCACGACGUUGUUGUAGAGAAGAUUGCCGGCGCCGGUCUGAGUCUCAAGGUUGCUUGGAUUGGCGGAGACGAGGUCUUUGACGUUGUCAAGAAGGCCAUUGGCAGGGGCGAUGCUUUCAAGAGUCUCACACAUGGAGGAAAUCUCUCGGACUGGGGCUUGGAACCCAUAUAUGCUCAGUGUUAUCUCGGUGGCUGGGGCAUUGUCGAGGCUCUCAAGCAUGGAGCCGACAUUGUCCUCUGCGGCCGGGUUGCGGAUGCCUCGCCCACUAUCGGAUGCGCAGCCUACCAUUUUGGCUGGAAAAGAGAAGAUUACCAGCAACUCGCCUCGGCGUUUGUUGCUGGUCACUUCAUCGAGUGCUCGACAUACGUGACCGGUGGCAACUUUACCGGCUUCAAAGACUUGCCUGGUGAAUCGACAAAUCUCGCCUUUCCCAUCGUCGAGAUGCAAAGCAAUGGUGACUUCUGUGUCACCAAGCAGAAGGAUCGCGAUGGAUUAGUCACUGUCGAUACCUGCAAGGCGCAGCUCCUUUACGAGAUCCAGGGCCCUCUGUAUUACAACUCCGACGUAGUAGCCAAGCUUGACAAUAUAAAGUUGGAACAAGUUGCAAAGGACAAAGUAUUCGUACACAACGUGGGCGGUCUCAAGCCGCCUCCCACUACAAAGGUCGGAAUUACCGCCAAAGGCGGUUACCAAGCCGAAGCACAUUACUUCCUUUGCGGUUUAGAUAUUGAGGAAAAGGCCGCGCUGCUUGAGAGGCAAGUCCGAGCUAUGCUCGAUGAGUCCAAGUUCCACUGCCUCAAGUUUCGCGUCAACGGUCGAUGUCCCGAGAACCCAAGGAGCCAAGAUGCUGCUACUGUUGACCUGCGCAUCUUUGCCCAGUCACGAACCGAACAGGCGCUCUCUACUGCAAACUUCUUGCGCCCGGUAACAGAUAUCAUCAUGCAAUCGUACCCUGGUGCGACAUUUGCAGUGGAUGCCCGACAAGCGGUACCUAAGCCAUACUACGAAUACUUUGUUGCGCUCCUCCCGCAGAAAGACAUUACACACGUCGCUCAUAUUCCUGAAAAGGGACUGGAGAUUCCAAUCGCAGCACCUAACGACACUCAGGACUUUUUAUACGAGCAGUCAACAUAUGAGACCGCGUCUCCCGUCGAUUUGUCUACUUUUGGACCUACCACGAGGGCUCCCCUUGGCUACAUCGUCCAUGCUCGCUCAGGCGACAAAGGAUCAGAUGCCAACGUCGGAUUCUUCGUUAGAAACACUGACGAAUGGGAUUGGCUCCGAAGUGUCCUCACCGUAAACAAGAUUCGAGAGCUGUUGGGUGACGACGACACUGGUAAACCAAUCUUCCGUUUUGAACUCCCAAACAUAUCAGGCAUGUGCCCUUGCUAA